GCUUCCCAGAAUUCCUGAGUGUUGGCCACGCUGGCUGAGGCUUCUGGGAGUUGAAGUCCAAAACCCCUGGAGCAGCCAAGAUCGGGAAGCGGGGCAAGGUCUUGAAGAUCUGUAGCAGGAAGCGGGACAGGUAUUACCAACAUAGGGUUUUCUGAUAUUAUGUUUGGAGUCAAAACCUUCCUGGCAGAGUGUUUUCAGCAGGCUGCUGCACGGCUUAAAGUGCCAGACAAGCAUUGCUCUAAGUGGGCAAAGAAAAGCAUUGCUUGCAUUCAGAGCUAUAGAACUGGCCAAAGGAAAACAGAGAGGAAAGCAUCAAGCUCUUAUCAAGCUCAGAUCAUGGGAGAAAAGGAUCUUCCAGGUGUCCUUAUCUUUGAUAUUGGAGGUGCAGUUGGUGUAUUGGAAAGUCACGUGGAGUUCCUCAAGAAACACUUCACUCUCAUCACUAUGAAGGAGUUUCAGGAAAACCAGAAAGAACUACGUGAAAAGAUUAAGUCUGUGUUUGUAUUUGAGCGCCAGCCUACCAUUGACCGGGAGCUUCUGGAAAGCCUGCCCAACUUAAAGGUGGUUGGAAACUCAGGAGUAGGAGUGAAUCAUUUGGAUUUAAAACUGAUCUCUAGCUUUGGAGUAAAAGUAACCAACACUCCACAUGCUGUUUCUGACUCAACGGCGGACAUUGGCAUGGCAUUAAUGCUGGCAUCUGCCAGAAGACUAGUAGAAGGUCAUUCCAUUGCAACAUCUCCAGAUACCACACAUUUUGCUGUGGACUGGCUAGGAGUAGAAGUCACCCGAGCGACCCUUGGCAUCAUUGGGAUGGGAAGCAUUGGAUAUAAAGUGGCAAAGAGAGCAAAAGCUUUCCACAUGAACAUUCUCUAUCACAACAGGAAUCGUAGAAAAGAGGAAGAAGAACAAGAAGUUGGUGCAACUUACUGUAAAAAUAUGGAAGACUUGCUCCAGCAGUCUGACUUUGUGAUGCUGAUUGUGAAUUUGACACCAGAGACUCAGAAGCUCAUUGGCAAAAGGCAGCUUGAGCUGAUGAAACCCACUGCUACUCUUAUCAACAUCUGCAGAGGAGCUGUAGUUGAUCAAGAUGCUUUGGUAGAAGCUCUCCAAAAAGGAACUAUUAGAGCUGCAGCUCUGGAUGUGACUUGCCCUGAACCACUGCCAAGAAACCACUUGCUGUUGAAAUUGAAGAAUGUCAUUAUAACUCCUCACAUUGGAACUGCGACUGUACAAGCCCUGCGUAUGAUGACUGAAGAAGCAGUAGAAAAUAUCCUGGCUGUUCUCAGUGACCUCCCCAUUCCCAGUGAAGUGAUCCAUAAAUGAUUUCUGCAAGAACGUGAAUAGUCAAUGCCGGAUCAGCAAAAGAAUAUUAACCUCUUAGUAACAAACAAUGUAAUAUCAUGGUUCUAAAGCAAAUGGUUUUGAUUUGUGUACUUUCCUAUUGUGAUCAAUUUAUGUAUUCAAUAAAAUUUGUUUCAAGGUUUCUGAACAUAAUAAGUACA